UGACAACCUUUUCCACUGCAAACAUGAUGAUGAAUAGGAAGUCAUACUCAGUCACAGGCUCGGGUGGCUCCACCAGGAGGUCGCUUGCCCCAGUCAGCUACUCCGUACAAAGAACCACUUACAGUUCUGGUGGUGGUUCUGGCUUUGGUUCUGGCUUUGGUUCUGGUGCUGGCUAUGGAAGUGGUUUCACACCUGGAAGCAUGAGUGGCUAUGGUUUAUCUUCUAGCCAAGCAGGAGGCGCCUUCAUCCCUCCACCCAUCACAGCUGUCACAGUCAACCAGAGCCUGCUGGCCCCUCUGAGCCUGGAGAUUGACCCCACCAUCCAGGCUGUCCGCACCCAGGAGAAGGAGCAGAUCAAGACCCUCAACAACCGCUUCGCCUCCUUCAUUGACAAGGUCCGUUUCCUUGAGCAGCAGAACAAGAUGCUGGAGACCAAAUGGAGCCUCCUGCAGGACCAGACCACCACCCGCUCCAACAUUGAUGCAAUGUUCGAGGCCUACAUUGCCAACCUGCGCAGACAGCUCGAUGGGCUGGGCAAUGAGAAGGUCAAGCUGGAGGGAGAACUGAGAAACAUGCAGGGCCUUGUUGAGGAUUUCAAGAGGAAGUAUGAAGAUGAAAUCAACAAACGUGGAAAUGCAGAGAAUGAGUUUGUGCUCCUGAAGAAGGACGUUGAUGCUGCUUACAUGAACAAGGUGGAGCUGGAAGCCAGGGUGGAUGCUCUUCAGGAUGAGAUCAAUUUCCUCAGAGCCGUCUAUGAGGCUGAGCUUCGUGAGCUGCAGAGCCAGAUCAAGGACACCUCCGUCAUUGUGGAGAUGGACAACAGCCGUAACCUGGACAUGGAUUCUAUCGUGGCUGAAGUGCGUGCUCAGUAUGAGGACAUUGCCAACCGCAGCAGGGCUGAAGCCGAGAGCUGGUACAAACAGAAGUACGAGGAGAUGCAGUCCUCUGCCGGACUUUACGGAGAUGACCUGCGCACAACCAAGGCUGAGAUUGCUGAGCUGAACCGCAUGAUCGCCCGUAUUCAGAAUGAGAUUGAGGCUGUCAAGGGACAGAGGGUCAGCCUUGAGGCUCAGAUCGCAGAGGCUGAGGAGCGCGGUGAGCUGGCAGUGAAGGAUGCCAGGCUCCGCAUCAAGGACCUGGAGGAUGCUCUGCAGAGAGCCAAGCAGGACAUGGCCCGCCAGGUGCGUGAAUACCAGGAGCUGAUGAACGUCAAGCUGGCCCUGGACAUCGAAAUCGCUACCUACAGGAAACUGCUGGAAGGCGAGGAGUCCAGACUGGCCAGCGGAGGCUCCAACGCAACCAUCCACGUGCAGCAGACCAGUGGAGGUGGUAACGGUGGAUUCGGCUCCAGCGGUGGAUUCGGCUAUGGUGGCAGCAUUUCUGGUGGUGGUUCUGGCUUUGGUUCUGGCUUUGGUUCUGGUGCUGGCUAUGGAGGUGGUUUCACAUCUGGAAGCGUGAGUGGCUAUGGUUUAUCUUCUAGCCAAGCAGGAGGCGCCUUCAUCCCUCCACCCAUCACAGCUGUCACAGUCAACCAGAGCCUGCUGGCCCCUCUGAGCCUGGAGAUUGACCCCACCAUCCAGGCUGUCCGCACCCAGGAGAAGGAGCAGAUCAAGACCCUCAACAACCGCUUCGCCUCCUUCAUUGACAAGGUCCGUUUCCUUGAGCAGCAGAACAAGAUGCUGGAGACCAAAUGGAGCCUCCUGCAGGACCAGACCACCACCCGCUCCAACAUUGAUGCAAUGUUCGAGGCCUACAUUGCCAACCUGCGCAGACAGCUCGACGGGCUGGGCAAUGAGAAGGUUAAGCUGGAGGGAGAACUGAGAAACAUGCAGGGCCUUGUUGAGGACUUCAGGAAGAAGUAUGAAGAUGAAGUCCUCAAACGUGGAGCUGCAGAAAAUGAGUUUGUGCUCCUGAAGAAGGACGUUGAUGCUGCCUACAUGAACAAGGUGGAGCUGGAAGCCCGGGUGGAUGCUCUUCAGGAUGAGAUCAACUUCCUCAGAGCCGUCUAUGAGGCUGAGCUUCGUGAGCUGCAGAGCCAGAUCAAGGACACCUCCGUCAUUGUGGAGAUGGACAACAGCCGUAACCUGGACAUGGAUUCUAUCGUGGCUGAAGUGCGUGCUCAGUAUGAGGACAUUGCCAACCGCAGCAGGGCUGAAGCCGAGAGCUGGUACAAACAGAAGUACGAGGAGAUGCAGUCCUCUGCCGGACUUUACGGAGAUGACCUGCGCACAACCAAGGCUGAGAUUGCUGAGCUGAACCGUAUGAUCGCACGUAUUCAGAAUGAGAUUGAGGCUGUCAAGGGACAGAGGGUCAGCCUUGAGGCUCAGAUCGCAGAGGCUGAGGAGCGCGGUGAGCUGGCAGUGAAGGAUGCCAGGCUCCGCAUCAAGGACCUGGAGGAUGCUCUGCAGAGAGCCAAGCAGGACAUGGCCCGCCAGGUGCGUGAAUACCAGGAGCUGAUGAACGUCAAGCUGGCCCUGGACAUCGAAAUCGCCACCUACAAGAAACUGCUGGAAGGAGAGGAGUCCAGACUGGCCAGCGGAGGCUCCAACGCAACCAUCCACGUGCAGCAGACCAGUGGAGGUGGACUCCAGAGCUCCAGCGGUGGAUUCGGCUCCAGCGGUGGAUUCGGCUAUGGUGGCAGCUUGUCUGGUGGUUAUGGCGGUCUGAGUGGUGGUACCAUUACCAAGUCCACAGUCUCAACAUCCAGUUCCAUGAGACGCUAUUAAAAAGGAGAGCCAUAUUUUUUUUUUUCCCCUUCAGAAAAAAUGGGUAAAUUUGUACCCAUUCAUGAUGCAUUUCUUACUCUGCUGUUUGACAUCACUUAACAAGAGUUUCUGAAGGUAAACCUGACCUCAAGGAAACACGAUCAAAUGUUGAAACCACAUUUAUUUUUUAAAGCCUUCUUAGCAACAUGACUGAUGAAUGUUACAGCAAAUGACAUCAGAUGAAUCUGAAUAAAAUAAAUCUGAGAACUAAAA